CAUUCCCCCCUCGUCCGUGAUGCUGAAACGGCCUCCAGUCGGCGGCGAAAAGGGGCGCAGUGCUCCUGCGUGCGAGCGUAAGUACCGAUUCAGCGGGACAGCGCCGCAAAGGAACAGAGAGACAGAUCCGCAGCAGCGUCCCUUCCGCUGGAGCCGGAGCUGCGCUCAUUCAGCCUCAGUCACCCAGCAGCAAGACGCCACUGCUCCAUACACGUUCAUUAUGAAUAGGAUGUAAAAAAUUAUAUAAAAAAUAAAAAAACAAACGACGAUUGCUGAUACCCAGGGAAUAUUCGGUGGAUGUGGUCACAGUCUCCUCACUGGAAAUGCGGAAGAGUAUGCAUUUUUCUGCUUGCCUAAUUGUUGUGUUAUGGGGACUGGCGUUUGGUGGCUCUCCCAGCGUACAGAUCGGGGGGCUGUUUCCGAGGGGCGCCGACCAGGAGUAUAGUGCAUUUCGAAUAGGAAUGGUUCAGUUCGCCACAAUCGAGUUUAGGCUGACGCCCCAUAUCGACAAUCUGGAAGUGGCUAACAGCUUUGCUGUCACCAAUUGCUUCUGUUCACAAUACUCAAGAGGUGUUUAUGCCAUUUUCGGAUUUUACGACAAGAAGUCGGUCAACACGAUAACGUCGUUUUGCGAAACGCUGCACGUCUCCUUCAUAACGCCAAGCUUCCCUGUGGAUGGAUUGCAGCAGUUUAUUUUACAAAUGCGACCAGACAUCAAAGGACCUCUUCUCAGUUUGAUAGAGUACUAUAAAUGGGAAAAGUUUGCCUAUCUGUACGACAGUGACAGAGGGCUCUCCACGCUCCAGGUGGUUCUGGACACCGCCGCUGAGAGGAAGUGGCAGGUGACUGCCAUCAAUGUGGGCAACCUCAAGGACGAGAGGAAGGACGAGGCCUACCGCUCGCUCUUCCAGGACCUCGAGAUUAAGAAGGAAAGGCGGGUCAUUCUGGACUGUGAACAAGACAAGGUCAAAGACAUCAUGGACCAGGUUAUCACGAUUGGACGACACGUUAAGGGAUAUCAUUACAUCAUCGCAAACUUGGGCUUCAUAGAUGGAGAUUUAUCAAAAAUUCAGUAUGGGGGCGCAAACGUAUCCGGAUUUCAGCUUGUGGAUUUUGAUAAUCCCGUGGUGGCCAAAUUUGAUCAGAGAUGGGAGGCUUUAGAAGAGAAAGAGUAUCCUGGGUCUGACAGCAGAAUUCGGUACACAUCUGCGUUGACCUACGACUCCGUGCAGGUGAUGACUGAGGCGUUCCGUCACCUGCACAAGCAGAAGAUCGACAUCACCAGGAGGGGCAAUAAUGGCGACUGCCUGGCCAAUCCCGCCGUUCCCUGGGUACAGGGCGUGGAAAUAGAACGGGCACUCAAACAGGUCCGUGUGGAGGGCCUAACCGGGAACAUCCAGUUUGACGUAAACGGCAGAAGGAUCAACUACACAGUUGGUAUCAUGGAGUUGAAGAACAAUGGUCCCGUGAAGAUUGGAUAUUGGAACGAAGUUGACAAAAUGGUCGUGAUAAAAUCCGAAAUGGGCGGAAACGACUCGUUGGGAAUGGACAACAAGACUGUAGUCGUGACAACGAUUUUGGAAGCUCCAUAUGUGAUGCUUAAGAAGAACUCUGAACUGUUCAUCGACAAUGACAGAUAUGAGGGCUACUGCGUGGACCUUGCUGCUGAGAUAGCGAAACACUGCGGAUUCAAGUACCAGCUGAGAAUAGUGGCUGAUGGGAAAUACGGGGCCAGAGAUGCAGAGACAAAGAUCUGGAAUGGGAUGGUUGGAGAGUUAGUGUAUGGGAAAGCAGACAUAGCGGUGGCUCCGUUAACGAUCACCUUGGUACGAGAAGAAGUGAUUGACUUUUCGAAGCCUUUCAUGAGUCUGGGGAUUUCCAUCAUGAUUAAGAAGCCGCAGAAGUCCAAGCCGGGAGUGUUCUCCUUCUUAGACCCCUUGGCUUAUGAGAUCUGGAUGUGCAUCGUGUUCGCUUACAUCGGGGUCAGCGUGGUCCUCUUUCUAGUCAGUCGCUUCAGCCCCUAUGAGUGGCAUACCGAGGAGUACGAAGAUGGACAGAUGCCAACCACCGAAUCGACUAACGAGUUUGGGAUAUUUAAUAGUCUCUGGUUUUCCCUUGGUGCCUUUAUGCGGCAAGGAUGUGAUAUUUCGCCAAGAUCCCUCUCUGGCCGCAUUGUUGGCGGAGUGUGGUGGUUCUUUACCCUGAUCAUUAUAUCGUCCUACACGGCUAACUUAGCUGCCUUCCUGACCGUCGAGAGGAUGGUGUCGCCCAUUGAGAGUGCAGAGGACCUAGCUAAGCAAACAGAGAUUGCUUAUGGAACGCUAGACUCAGGCUCAACCAAAGAAUUCUUUAGGCGGUCGAAAAUUGCGCUCUUCGACAAGAUGUGGACGUACAUGAAGGGCGCUGAGCCCUCGGUGUUCGUGAAGAAAACGGCCGAGGGCGUGCAGCGCGUGCGCAAGUCCAAGGGGAAGUACGCCUACCUGCUAGAGUCCACCAUGAACGAGUACAUCGAGCAGCGCAAACCCUGCGAUACCAUGAAGGUCGGGGGCAAUCUGGACUCCAAGGGCUACGGCAUCGCUACCCCCAAGGGCUCCUCAUUAAGAAAUGCGGUUAACCUCGCAGUACUAAAACUGAAUGAGCAAGGCCUCUUGGACAAAUUGAAAAACAAAUGGUGGUACGACAAAGGAGAGUGCGGCAGCGGGGGAGGUGAUUCCAAGGAGAAGACAAGCGCCCUCAGCCUCAGCAACGUGGCUGGGGUCUUCUACAUCCUCGUCGGCGGACUGGGUUUGGCCAUGCUGGUGGCUCUGAUUGAGUUCUGUUACAAGUCCAGAGCCGAGGCCAAAAGAAUGAAGGUGGCACAGAAUGUUAACCCAACUUCCUCGCAGAAUUCGCAGAAUUUUGCAACUUAUAAGGAAGGUUACAACAUGACCUUCUCGGACGCCAUGAAGAACAAAGCGAGGCUGUCGAUAACUGGGAGCACCGGAGAGAACGGCCGUGUGAUGACUCCAGACUUUCCAAACGCAGUGCAUGCUGGUCCCUACGUGAGGCCUGACAUGGGAAUGAAUGUCAGUAUGACCAAUUUCUCUUGAUUGACACGAACCUAAUGAGUGCCUUACACAAUGGUUUUAAUCAUGGUCUUUGGCUGAAUUGGUCACACGGUGCAUCCGGUAUCACAAAGACAUUUUCUCUUUUUUUUUUUUUGUGUGUUUUUUUUUUGGCAUUGGGAUGGUAUCAUUCAAGGAUGAUGGUCUCAGCCUCUCCUCUGUCUCCACACCCCUUGUUUGAGGCCAGGCUUGACUGACAUGCACAGCUGUCGUUGGAAGUACUGUAAUCCAAACCCCGAAGUUGCUGUCGAGGCCGGGACUUGUUUUCGUUGCAGCCAUUAUCUAAUCCUGGAUUCGUUAUGACUUAAGCACACUCAACUUAAACUGCAUCAAGACGUGAGAUGUUUUGACUUUUUUUUUUUUUUUUUUUUUAAGGAACAAAUCAUACGAAAAUAUUUUUUAAGUAUUUUCACAAAUAAAAUGGCUUUUAAAUAAAUCUGCUUCCAUAAUGGUUGUUCAACUUAAUCUGCAAGGAUGUUAAAAAGACGCUUCAGGCUAUCCGUUCCAUGUUUUUCCAAGCCAAAUAUGUUCAUGCUAUUGGAAGUAAAAUGUUAAAGUUGUGUCAUUUAUUACUAUUACUCUAAACUUUCCUGUAUAUCCAAUUCUUUGAUCAUUCGGUGUUCGUAAAAAUACUUUGCGAUGCUUGCCAUUUGAAAUAAAUUCUUUUCUUUGGUUUUAAUUUGUAAGAGAAAAGUAAAUUCUUAAACUUCGUUCGCUGUAAAAUAUAUUCCAUAUUUGUUGUUUUUGUUUGCUGUUGUUUUCCAUAUUGGAGUUUGAAACCUCCCUUCUCCCUUCCGCCCUUUCAGUUUGAAGAUCAGGGUAGUAGUAUUAGUAAUUACAAAACAAACGUUUACACGUAAGAAACGCAGAAGGCAUACGUUAUACUGUGUAUGUUUUGUUAAAAUCAGAUACAUAUUUACAUAUUAAUACCAUUACAGUUUAUUUAAAAUGCCAAAUAAAUUUCUGUGCAACAUUUAAAGGCUUUUGCAGCUGAUUUUGACCCCAGUUCAAAUCAAUUCAGUUAUUGUCCUGCAAGUGACUGAUGAAUUUUGUAUUGUAUAGUUGUAUAGUUUUAUUGCUUAUUCAGUCAAUUGCAAACUGAUGAAGAUUAUUUUUCAUAUUUUACAUUUUGCACAUUAGCUUUUAGGUGCAUGCGGUAUUCUCACACAUAAGACAAAAUAAAAAAUAAGAAUAUUAUAAGAGUAAAAUUGCCUUUGAGGUGGUUAUGGCCACUUAAAAUAACUACUGUAUAUCUAGUUUGGAUAAGAAAGAAUCAGUGAAGCUGAUAAUAUAUUUCUAAAUGGAUUAUAAAAACAGCCGAGCCUGUAUAUUUCUGGUGGUAUUGAUUAUGCCAUGAUAUCUGACCUGUGAUGUCACUUGUUUGUGCUAUAAAUGAAUCCAUUUAAAUUUUACGUGCGAUAUAUACAUAUGUAUUGAAUUGGAAACCGAGCUACAGAUUUUGUCUGCUGUCUACCUGUUCUGGGACUGUGUUGAAUCGGUGAUAGAAUAUUCUCAUCUCACCUCUGGAGAGGAACAGUGGUCACAUGAAUUCACCUUUGCCAACACACACUGGGCAAUAAGACACAGAAGUACUUAAAAGCUGUUUUUGUUCAUAGGUCCUGGCUAAUUUUGUAUCUGAAUAAAAUCUAUACAUGGAUGAACCUCCGCUGACGUAAAUGGGCAGGGAGGCAUAAUUGUACUCAUGUUAUCAUUUUGCUUUUUUGUUUUGAAUAUUAAAAAAUGUUACUUAAUCAGUUUAUUAUUAAAACUAUGAGCUGUUCUCACGGACAUUUUGUAAAUGGAAUGUGUGCUAACUGGUUUAUUUUUUUGGGACUUUUUAAAUAAAAUGAGUGAAAAUCUUGUUGCUGUUUUA